GCUCUAUCCUUCAGAUCUUUCUUUGUUGCAUUCUCUGUAAUCACUCACUCUUCGGCCUUACUCUCUACUUCCACCCGAAGCUCCAAACUCACAGCUAUCGCCGUAUUAUGGACUCCCCAGGCACAUCUCAGCACUACUCCGCCCCACCUAAACAAUACACAUUUCCAGCAAGCUCAGGCUCGGAUGCGGCCUUCGAACCCACCUCAUCGAGGCCUGCAUACGCCGCAAUGGCACAAACGAUAUCACCUCCAUCAACCAUAUCAUUACUCUUCCAGAGGGUGAAAUACUACGUCUCCAGCCUCUUCGACCGCGAAUUGAUCUCCUUCAUCCUUCGGCGAUGCGCCACAAGCGUCAUCAAAUGUCCACCCCAUCUCGUCCUUCUCGCCCUCCAGCUCACCAUCGUUCACUACACCACCACCUUCUACUACUUGAAACGCACCCCGUACCUCUCUGUCCUCGUUCCCUCGGUCCUUAUACGCCUCAAUCAGCUGAUUUUCAAACCUAUUCUGUUCCCCAGCUUGGAUAUCAACCCACACGAGUCGCUCUUGGCCUGGUUCCGAAUUCCACCUAAGAUGAGCGCGAUUAGGAGAAUGAUUAUACUGAAUGGAGUCCUAGCGUUGUUCCGGAUGUGUCUUAUUCCUUUUGUUCCGAGCUCCGAUGCGCCGGAGUCUAAGACAAAGGUGGAGGGACCGUGGGAUUGGGUCAAGGUGAACGGGUGGGAUGCUGCUGACCUGCUUUCGUGGCACUUGAUUAUACUGGUGGUGGUUGCGUUUAGCCAAGCGUACUGGUUGGGAGGAGGGUGGGAGAGGGAGGCUGCUCAGCCUGAAGGUUAUGUGAGUAGUUCGGAUGAUGAGAAUGAGGAAGAGACUGGCACCGGGGCUGGUGAGCAGGUACGGAUCGUAGGUGGGAAGCCGAAGGAGGAUCGGUUUGGAUGGGGCUCUACGGUGUGGCUUGGCUUGGUGAUACUUGAGUGUGGGGUUUAUGUUUGGUGGUACUUCAAGUGGGUGGAAAAGUUCAAGGGAGAUGGUUGCAGUCUUGUUGUUUACUGGAGGGGUGGUUGUCCAGAGGUGAAGUGAGGGAUACGCAUACCUUUUCAGAACCUAUUAUGCUGGUUAUUCGUAGCAGUUGUUGUUCUGACUUUUGAGUACCGUUUAGAGCUUCAGUCUUUUGUUUCGAGGUUGAAUGUAGAAGUAGCCUUGAUACUCGGGUUUUGUCGUUGAG